AUGCCAUCGGCUGUCUCAAAAGCUGCCCACUGCUCCCUCCAUCCGCUUUCUUCCUGCCUGUGCCUCAACUCCGCUUCUCUGCAUCUAUACUCCUACACCCUCGUUUGGCAUCCGUUUCCCCACCCUUCUCGCACUCACUCCUUUCCACACCUCGCUCUCACCUCAACCCCUUUCUCCAUGAAUCCCAUCCCCUCUCACAGAGAUGCCACGAGGGCAUUUGUCUCAGGCAACUUCUCAGAUGACGGCUUAACGAACGAUCUGACAGGGCUGUCAGGAGAGCAGUGCAUCGGCAUUGCUGACUGGCGCGACUUUUACUUCAAGACCUACAUCCACGUGGGCAAGCUGGUGGGGCGGAUUUACGACGAGCAGGGGAAGCCAAGAGAAGCGCUGGGCGAGUUUGACGAGCUUCUCAAGGAGGGCAAGCGGCUGAGAGACGUGGGCUCAGAACGAGGGCGGCAAGGCGACGGCUUAACGGACGACCUGACGGGGCUGUCAGGCGAGCAGUGCAUCGGCAUCGCUGACUGGCGCGACUUCGACUUCGAAACCUACAUCCACGUGGGCUAUCUGGUGGGUCGAUUUUACGACGAGCAGGGCAAGGGAGGGAUGCUCUGGGCGAGCGUCUCAGUGGCCAAGGCAGCGGAGAAGAAGUACCCCGGGUGCAACUCGCAGUGGGCUCAGAACGAGGGCGGCAAGGUGGGGCUUCCUCUUUAUUGCGCCUGCCCUCUCCUCUCCCUGCCCUUCCCUCUCAUCUUCCCCUCCCUUCCUGCUCCCUCCCAGCCCCUCCCUUCCUGCUCCCUCCCAGCCCCUCCCUUCCUGCUCCCUCCCAGCCCCUCCCUUCCUGCUCCCUCCCAGCCCCUCCCUUCCUGCUCCCUCCCAGCCCCUCCCUUCCUGCUCCCUCCCAGCCCCUCCCUUCCUGCUCCCUCCCAGCCCCUCCCUUCCUGCUCCCUCCCAGCCCCUCCCUUCCUGCUCCCUCCCAGCCCCUCCCUUCCUGCUCCCUCCCAGCCCCUCCCUUCCUGCUCCUUCUUCCCCAAUCCCCGGUCCCCAUUCAUCUCUCCCGCUCGUCUUGUGAGACAUCUUAAGGCCCAAGGCCGUGGAGAAGCAAUACCCCGGGUGCAACCCGUGAUGGGCGCAGAACGAGGGCGGCAAGGUAACGUGUCUCCCUCCCUGCUCUUUUCCAAGUCCUCCCUCCGCUGCGCAUCUCUCCCCACCUCCCAUUCCCCACUCAUGGUUCUGCGUUCCUGCCUUGUUCCCCACUGCUCCCCCCUUGCUCAUACUUCCCUGUUCCUCCCUCCUCGUUGCUCCUUUCUCCUCCCCGCUCCUCUCUCCGGAUCAACUUCUGCGGCGUCUCACAAGGCCGAUGCAGUGGAGACGAGGUACCCCAGAUGCAUUCUUUAG